UACUCGUGUUGCAGCCACUCUCAGGUUACACUGCGCCGUCUCAUGCAUUUUGGGAAAUUAAGGUGUGUAGCAAGCUAAGGUCAAGACCCUAAAGCCCGGCUCCCAUCUCGCGGCGGAAAAAUCCGGCACCGGGAAUGCGCGGCAUCCCAGCCAGCUGACGUGCUUCAGACGAGCGGCGUAUGUUAUUUAUGAAGUCAAGGCUACUGGGAGGGAGGGACCUUCAGGAGUUAUUGACUCGGAGCGAGCGAGCCACCAAAACAGAAGUUGUGAAGCAAGAAGGAGAGACGAAUGAACGGGUCGAGCGUGAGCUCCCACAUCUAGGAUUACAGAGAAUAGUGGAACUGUGUUUGCCCUCCCUGCCGCGGGACAGGCAGAGGACGGGGUGCACGGGACGCAGGGGUGCAGGGCAAGAUUAUGGGACAGGGAGCCAGCACUCAGACUUUAAACCCGAACCCUGCCUAUAUAACAGAUGAUGAAGUGGAUCAUAGUGUGCCAGAGAGUGAUGGAGCACCUCCAGGAGCAGGAACCCCUUCGGCGAAGGGCAAGGGCAAGUUCCCCAGCCUGGGCAAGAUCUUCAAACCCUGGAAGUGGAGGAAGAAGAAAAGCAGUGACAAGUUCAAGGAAACAUCAGAAGUGUUGGAGAGGAAGAUUUCGAUGAGGAAACCCAGAGAGGAGCUGAUAGAGCGAGGGUUACUGAAGGACGUCCCAGAGAAUGAGCGUAAUGACGUGAAUCACAAAGCUCCUCCAGUGAAGAAUGGCCACACUGCUCCAGUGCCUGGAGAGCGCAGGUCAGACACAGGGUCAGAGGUCAAGGCACCAUCUUCACGGCCACAAGGAGAAGAACAGAGGAACAGCCUCGCACCAGAACCGGAGCGCCGCAACCGCGCUCCCUCCGACGUCAGUCGCAACCGUCAGCCGCUGGACGUGGACGCUCGGACGCGGUUACUGCCUGAAACAGACCGACGCAGCCGACUGGAGUCAGACGUGGAGAGACCAGCAGGAUCGUUACCGAGAGAAAGACAAGGACAGGAGGAGGGGCGUUAUCGGCGUGAGGAAAGAGACGAGAAAGCGAGUAGGGACAGAGAACGGCGGGAUAGAAAAGACGACAGGGAAGGAAGAGGCGAACGCAGAGAUGACAGAGACAGACGAGACAGGAGGCCGGAUAAAGAAGACUGGCACGGAAAAGGUGAGCGAGAUGAGAGGAGGAAUGACAAAGAAAAGCGGGAAGAGAAAGACUGGAGAGAAAACAGGGACAGGAAACAGCCACGAGACCGGAAAGAGGAUCACGAAAGACGGGAUGAGCCAGAGAGAGUAGAUGAGCGAGAGCGAGAGCGAAAGGAGCAGAAUGAGAGGAGGGAAGACAGGGAAAGAAGAGAGGAACGGGAUAGACACGAGGAGAGAGACCGAAAAGACGAGAGAGAAAGGAGAGACGUCAGGAGGCCAGAACCUGUGAAACAGGUGUCUGAUGGGAAACACUUCCGGCCUCAGUCAGAACAGGACAUGCGGCCCAUUCUUCAGAAGAGCUCGUCUGACAUUGGACAGAAGGUCCGGCCCGUUUCAGAGGCCGUCCAGAGCAGCACACUGCCACGAUACACACCUGCAGAGGAGGAAACAAGGGCACGGACAGGAUCAGUGGGUGUGCGGUUUGUUCCUGAGCCCAAACCUGCACCAAGUGCCUCCAUUAAAGACUCCCAGCUGCCCCCUAAACAGGCCAUUCUCCCUCCCAAAUGGCUGAUGGCUUCUUCCUCCUCCUCCACUGAGACUGCUCCAGUCCCAUCCUCCUCCUCUUCAUCAUCAUCUUCAUCAUCCUCAUCCUCUGCUCCCCCCAUUGCUAAGCCUCCUCCUCGGACUGUGUCUUUAAAUGUAGACAACUCCUCCCGAAGUAAUCCCAUUCCUCCCGUAACAGCAGGAGACCGUGAAGCUCCGCCCAUUGUGUCUGCCCACUCGACUCCUCCCACUGUUCCUGCCCACUCUGCCCCGCCCACUGUUUCUGCCCACUCGACUCCGCCCACUGCUCCCGCCCACUCUACCCAGCCCACCGUUUCUGCCCACUCGACUCCGCCCACAGUUCCUGCCCACUCUGCCCCGCCCACUGUUCCUGGCCACUCCAACCCUCCUGCCCUUACUGCCCCUAAACAGCCGCCAGUGCCCCCUCCCAAACCCGCCCAUCACACCAGCAACACUGCACUGCAAGCUUCAACGUUACAAAGAUAUUACAAAGCUCCACCUCCUCAGUACUGGACGAGCUGGAGACGGCAGGCAGAGUCUGGAGUCUAUCUGUCCCUGCCUACCUACCUCAGCCACAGGGGCGCUCAGCUCCGCCCAGUGGAUCCCUCCCAAGUCCCGAUCCCAGUCAAGCGAUCUCCUCCCAUUCCCCCAAAGAGGAUGACUCCUAUGACCAAGCGCCACUCAGAAGACUCUUCGGCCAAUCACCCUGAGCCUCCACCCCCAGGCCCCGCCUCCAUUCCGGUCCCAGCCCCAGCUUCUGCCCCGCCCCCUGCCCAAUCAGUGGAGCCCCCCAGCCCCACCACAGAGCCGCCCUCGCAGCCGCCCUUACCUCUGCACAUACGCAUCCAGAGAGCCUUGAACAGUCCUGGCCCGGUCCAGCCCAACCCGGAAGGAUCCCAGCGAGCUCAUUCGCUUCUGUUUGAGUCACCACCGGACUUUCUGGCUGACGCCCCAGGAGGGGGGCGAUACUCUCUUCCAGUCACUAUCGAACCUCUGCGACUGCCUGAGGAUGAUGAUUUUGACAUUGAAGAAGAGCUGCAGAAGCUGCGGCCCGCCCCUCGGCCCACACUCCAGCUGGAGCCGCGCAGCCGCCGCGGUCUGGUGGGAGACCCACGGGUCACUGUCAUUCCGGAGGACGCGGGGCAUGGGAACAGCGACGACGAGGAGAGCGAUUCUGAUGGACCCAUCAAUUACAGAGAUGAUGAUGAAGAAGAUGACGAUGAGGAAGAUGUUCCCACAAGUGGGCUUGCGAGCCGUGUGAAGCGUAAGGAUACUCUGGCUCUAAAGCUGGAGCGUCAGCAGGAGAAAGAGCAGUCUCAGGACCAGGAGAGCAUCACCUGGAACAACAAAGAGCAAUGGGAUGCUGUCCGCAACAAGAUCGGCACCACCCUCACAAGGAGGCUGAGUCAGAGACCCACCGCACAAGAGCUUGAGCAGAGAAACAUCCUACAAGCCAAGGAUGAAGCGGACCGACGGGCAGAAAGGAGUGAAAUCAAGCGCAGACUGACCAGAAAGUUGUCCCAGAGGCCUACGGUGGCUGAGCUGCAGGCCAGAAAGAUCCUGCGCUUUCAUGAGUAUGUGGAGAGCACUCGCGCUCAAGACUACGACCGGCGCGCUGACAAACCCUGGACCAAACUCACACCUGCUGACAAGGCGGCCAUAAGAAAAGAGCUGAAUGAGUUUAAGAGCUCAGAAAUGGAAGUUCACGAGGACAGCAGGGUAUACACCAGGUUCCAUCGGCCAUAAUCGGCGUCUCUAAAGAGGAAGCCCCAGACGGAUAAAAGCUGCAGCUAAAAGCCUCCAACUCACUCCAGCAUCCUGUUUCUCAUGAUCCUCCAGCUUAUACUGACGAGUGCCGGGCCAGUCACUCAGUGCUCUGGAGUCAAGAGGAGGAGGAGGAAGUGAUACUAGAGACACUUCUGGGGAGCGGGCUUGGAGGGCCAGCACGGUUCCCAUGAUUCCCACAGCGUGGUCUGGGGUGUUUUAAUCGUCUUUAUGGUACACACUUUUCUGUGAUCAAGAAUAUGCUCGUGUACCCAACAAUAAUAUUUUUAUGGAAAUUAUGACACUGGAGAUAAACUGUUUUAGUGUUGAGCGAUUGUGAGCGACUGAGUGUGUGAGAGUGUGAGAGUGUGAGAGUGAGAGUGUGAGUGUGUGAGUGAGUGAGUGAGUGAUGAUAUAUGCUGUCCACUUAUGCCUUAACACUGGUAAAUGAUUUUUUUAGACUGACCUUCAAGUAAUAAAGAAGAAAGUCUGUUGACACAGAUGUAUGUAACACUGUUUCUCACGCUGAACACACACUGACUGGUGUGUGGAUCUGAAAGCACAUCUUUGACAUUCUCAGGACGUCGGCACGCAGUCUCACUUUCUCUUUAUGUGCAUUUUACUGAAAUUUACCAUACUUUGACUUUUUCACACAGAUAAAACACCUGCUUUAAUAUUUUCAUCUUUUUUAACCACAUAGCACUUCACUUUAGAUAUUUCAAGGUGAAUCCCACAAGAACAUGCCAUAUUUUACCCAAAAAUCAUAAGAAUUCACUAGAUUUUAUUAUUGGAUAUUACUAGAUAUUAUUUUCAUCAUUUCAGCACAUUUUCCCCCUAAAUUAUUCUUAUUAU